GAAGUCACUCAGCGUCUUGAAGGCGAGUGAGUCACACCAAGCUGUGCUCCAGGAAGUCACCCCUGGCCAUCAUCACCAUCACCAUCACUCCCAUCAUCACCACCAACUACUAACUACAGACGCCAAGAUGGUUGUCCUCAAUAACUCCAACAACCUCAACAACUCGGCCAACAACAUCAUGCUCGACAAAAAGCCGAGCAGCGUCAUCACAGAUGCAUCGCGCGUCGCCGCUGAGGCCGCCAAGAAGAGUCUCAACUUUGAGCACUACUCCUUCGCCGUCAGCUAUGGCAAACUCACAUCGCUCAAGCCCAAGGUGCGCACCUUCGUUGAAGACACCGCCCGCCUCUGCCGCCCCGACAAGGUUCACAUCUGUGACGGCAGCGAGCGUGAGCUGCGCCACCUGCUGAACACAAUGCAGCAGGCGGGCAUGAUCGAGUCGCUGCCCAAGUACAAGAACUGCUGGCUAGCGCGCACCGACCCCGGCGACGUGGCCCGCGUGGAGAGCAAGACCUUCAUAGUGACCCGCGAGAAGCGAGAGACCAUCCCAAUCCCCAAGGAGGGCGUGCGCGGCCUGCUGGGCAACUGGAUGUCCCACGAGGAUCUGCGCCGCGCCGUGCAGGACCGCUUCCCGGGCUGUAUGGCCGGCCGCACCAUGUACGUGGUGCCCUACUCCAUGGGCCCCGUGGGCUCCCCGCUCUCCAAGAUCGGCGUGCAGGUCACCGACUCGCCCUACGUGGUAGCCUCCAUGCGCACCAUGACCCGCAUGGGCAGCCGCGUGCUGGAGACGCUGGGCGAGGAGGAGUUCGUCCGCUGCCUCCACUCAGUGGGCUGCCCGCUGCCGUUGACCCGCCCGCUAGUCAACAACUGGCCCUGCGACCCCGCCCGCACCAUCGUGACCCACGUGCCCGAAUCCAACGAGAUCAUCUCCUUCGGCUCCGGCUACGGCGGCAACUCCCUGCUGGGCAAGAAGUGCUUCGCCCUGCGCCUGGGCUCCGCGCUGGCACGCCGCGAGGGCUGGCUGGCCGAGCACAUGCUCAUUCUGGGCAUCACCAACCCGGCGGGCGAGAAGCGCUAUAUCGCUGCCGCCUUCCCCUCCGCCUGCGGCAAGACCAACCUGGCCAUGAUGACGCCAUCGCUGCCGGGGUACAAGGUCGAGUGCGUCGGCGACGACAUCGCCUGGAUGAAGUUCGACUCCGAGGGCGUCCUGCGAGCCAUCAACCCCGAGAACGGCUUCUUCGGCGUGGCCCCUGGCACGUCCAUGAUGACCAACCCAGUGGCCAUGAAGACCGUGCUGUCCAACACCAUCUUCACCAACGUAGCCAAGACCAGCGACGGCGGCGUCUUCUGGGAGGGCCUCGAGAAGGAGACGCCCAACAACGUGUCCAUUACCUCGUGGCGCGGCGAGACCAACUGGAGCCCGGAGAACGGUGCGCCCGCCGCGCACCCCAACUCCCGCUUCUGUACGCCCGCCGGCCAGUGCCCCAUCAUCGACCCUGCCUGGGAGGACCCCGAGGGCGUGCCCAUCUCCGCCAUCCUCUUCGGCGGCCGCCGGCCCCAGGGCGUGCCCCUGGUGUACGAGGCCUACGACUGGAAGCACGGCGUCAUGGUGGGAGCCGCCAUGCGCUCCGAGGCCACAGCGGCCGCGGAACAUAAGGCCAAGGUCAUCAUGCACGACCCCUUCGCCAUGCGGCCCUUCUUCGGCUACAACUUCGGCCACUACCUGAAGCACUGGCUCAGCAUGGAGGGCCGCACCACCAAGCAGAUGCCCAAGAUCUUCCACAUCAACUGGUUCCGUAAGAACGAGAAGGGCCGCUUCAUCUGGCCCGGCUUCGGCGAGAACGUGCGCGUCCUCGACUGGAUCCUGCGGCGCGUGGAGGGCCAGGACGUGGCCGAGGAGAGCGCCAUCGGCCUGCUGCCUAGCCCCGGCGCCCUCGACCUCGAGGGCCUGGAGGACCAGCACAUCGACACCGAGGAGCUCUUCAGUCUGCCCAAGGACUUCUGGAGCCAAGAGGUCCGCGAGAUCGCCAAGUACUUCAACGAGCAGGUGGGCGACGACCUGCCCAACGAGGUGCACGAGCAGCUCAAGAAGCUCGAAAAGAGAAUAGAGAAGAUGUAAGCUAAGUCUCGCACCCUCACAUUACCCGCCAAUGGCAACACUCGGGCAGACCUGCUCGUCAAUCUCAUCGACCAUCAUCAUCACUGUCAUCAUAAGCAUCAAUAGUCAUCUCUCCACAUCUAUACUCAUCAAAGUCUUUCAAUUUUACCUCUUCCAACAUUUCCUUUUUUUUUUUUAUCAUGGUAUGGUGGACCUUUUUUUUUUCCUCAGGAGUGAACAAAUGCGCAGCACAGUUUGUGAUAAAUAGGAUAGAGAAACAAAUACAAGCUAUCCUCUAUACUA